AUGCCAAGUGUAUUGGAGAACAUCUGUGUGGCUGUGACAUCUGGAGAGUGCUUAGUAGGGUUUUGUGUUAAUGGCUUCAUUGGACUAGUAAACUGUAUUGAGUGUGUGAAGACCAGAAGAAUGACCUCAAUUGAUUUCAUCCUUACUGGCUUGGCCAUCUCCAGGAUUGGUAUAUUGUUGGCACUAAUAUUAAUGAACUUUUUUGAUUUUUUCUAUUUUAAAACAAAUGUCAUUAGUAAUUGGAAGACUUCAGGAAUCAUCUGGAACUUCAGCAACCAUUCAGGUGCCUGGUUUGGAAGUUGCCUCAGUAUCUUCUAUUUUCUGAAGAUCGCCACCUUCUCCCAUCCUGCUUUCCUCUGGCUGAAAUGGAGAGUUAACAAGGUGGUCCUCAGGAUGCUGCUGGGAUGCUGGCUCACAUCCUCGUUCAUUAUUCUUCCGACGACAGAGAGAAUUACUAAGAUUCAGGUAGUUCCCAUUGAUCAAGAAAAUAAAACAACUAUUACUCAUAUUAAUCAAGGAUCGGAAAUCCUGAAGUGUUCCAUCCCGAUUCUCUUCAGUACUGGAGGUUUGGUCCCCUGUGCUCUCUCCGUCAUCUCCUGUUUCCUCUUAGUAUUAUCCUUGUGGAAGCACACCCAGCAGAUGCAUCUCAAGGUCACAGGCUACAGGGAUCCCGGUACGAAGGCCCAUGUAAGAGCUAUGAAGACCAUAAUCUCCUUCCUCUUCCUCUUUGUGCUAUACCAUUCAGGCCUCAUUAUGGGAAACUUAAAUAUGUCUGUAUUUCGCAGUAAACUUGUGGCAAUGUUUUCACUAACCGUCAUGAGUGUCUAUCCCAUGACCCACUCUAUCAUUCUGAUCCUGGGUCACAGCAAGCUGAGGCAUGCCUCUCUGGGGGUACUGGGGAAGCUCAAAGACCAUCUCAAAGUCCCUGGGAAAGUCUAA